AGCGAGGGUGGCGGCCGCGCCGCGCCGGGCGGACGGGACGGGCCUGCCUUAUUUAUGUGUCCCCGUGUCGCCUUCUUCCCCGAAGACUUCAGGGAUCGUCUCGCAGCUGCGUUUCCCGCGUGGAGGCCCGGCAGGGCUGGAUGUCUGAACAUGAUUAUCCACUAAUAUCCAAACUUUCCUUUUUUUAACCCAAAGAAUAUCGGUGAUUUUUGUCCACUGCGAGAAGAACCCGGGACCCUUGAAAUGCAGCAAAGCCUUUAUUUAUAAACAGGCCUGAGGUGUGACAGGCAAGCGCCCCCUGCCCAUUGAGUUUUCUAUCCUAUGGAUAUCGGUCUGGAGAGCUGAAGGAGACUUGAAGUGGGAGAGCAGUGCCGUCUGCCCUGGGUCCUGCGGCCUCCUUCCUUUCAAUGCCCAGUUUCCUCUGGGACUGCUGGCCUUCCCUGGAGCUCAGAGCGGUCCUGUGUGCCAUGGGCUGUAUUCAGAGCAUCGGGGGCAAAGGCAGAAUCUUCCGGGAAGGCAUCACGGUGAUUGACGUGAAAGCCUCCAUCGACCCCGUCCCCACCAGCAUCGACGAGUCCUCCAGCGUGGUGCUCCGCUACCGGACACCCCACUUCCGUGCCUCGGCCCAGGUGGUCAUGCCGCCCAUCCCCAGGAAGGAGACCUGGGUAGUGGGCUGGAUCCAGGCGUGCAGCCACAUGGAGUUCUACAACCAGUACGGGGAGCAGGGCAUGUCCAGCUGGGAGCUCCCGGACCUGCUGGAGGGCAAGAUCCAGGCCAUUAGUGACUCGGACGGGGUGAACUACCCCUGGUACGGCAACACCACGGAGACGUGCACCAUCGUGGGCCCCACCAAGAGGGACUCCAAGUUCAUCAUCAGCAUGAACGACAACUUCUACCCCAGCGUCACGUGGGCCGUGCCCGUCAGCGAGAGCAACGUGGCCAGGCUGACCAACAUCUACCGGGACCAGAGCUUCACCACGUGGCUGGUGGCCACCAACACCUCGACCAACGACAUGAUCAUCCUGCAGACGCUGCACUGGCGCAUGCAGCUCAGCAUCGAGGUGAACCCCAGCCGUCCCCUGGGCCAGCGCGCCCGCCUGCGGGAGCCCAUCGCGCAGGACCAGCCCAAGAUCCUGACCAGGAACGAGCCCAUCCCGCCUAGCGCCCUGGUCAAGCCCAAUGCCAAUGACGCUCAGGUCCUCAUGUGGCGGCCCAAGUACGGUCAGCCGCUGGUGGUGAUCCCGCCCAAGCACCGGUAGCAGCGGCCGGGGCGCCGCCAGCUCCGACUCCAGCCAUGAGACCGCUCCAGCAGCCCCACGAGGACGCCCAGCAUCCAGCAAAAUACAACCGUUCUACCUUGUCCCGCGGGGUCUCACUGUGCGCACGCCCGAUGGCCUCUGCCCUCUCUGAUGAGCCGCUGCCUCGCGGGGAGGGGGAGACCAAGGGGGACAGAGUAAGAUGAACCCCAGGUGCGCCCUCCUGUCACUGGGGUUUCCUCUCCUCUCCUCUCCUUUCCUCAGUUUCAUUCACCUGCAGCAGACGCCCCACACAACUGCUUUCAGUCCUUUUUCUUUAGACGCCUCUCUAGGAGGUGCGGGCGGGAGGAGGGGGAGCUGAUGAGUGACAGGCCCGCUCUUACUGACCGUGGGUGCCGGGCUCUCCCACGCGCCCCCCCCCUCGCCCUCCCUCACGCGGCCUUAUGUAGACUUGCUUUGCCAAACUUUUGCCUUAAGCUGAAUUGAAAGGAAAACCACCGAAACGGAUCUAAAGCAGGAUCUCUCUUCCACUGGACUUUCAUCUCCUGCCGAGGGGUUGGGGAGGGGUUGGGUCCGGAGGAGAGAGACUCCCUGAGCCCCUCCUCCCGGGCAUCUUGGGACAGGAGCAGGGACACAGACCUAAAACCAGCGGCUUAUUCUUGUGUUUCAGCAGCAACAGAACCACAGACAGACGCUGCCUAAAGAGCCCCAGGGGGAACCCCCACCUCCCCUGUCCCCCCGUCCCCCAUCCAGGUGGCUCUGCCGGGGGCUGCCCUCUCCUCUCUUCCCCGCAGCCUUGCCCUGCUCAUGGGUCGUGGAGAGAGGGAGGGUCCUGAGAGCUGCAGGUGGAGCCCCGGGCAUUUCCGCCCUCUGUGCCCAUCACCAUCGCCCCCCGGGGGUCUGCCCCCACAUCUCACUCAGUGCGCCUUUUCCUUCCCUUCUCAAAUGCGGGGGGCGGGGGGCAGCCACGUGGGCCCAGGUUUAGCUCUAGUUGGCAGGUAAGAGGAAAGGCACCCCGUGCCCUCCAGGCUCCUUCUCAGGGGACAACUGAACACAGCGCUGGAGGGGGCCACGGAGGGAGCACAAGGCUUGCUGGGCCUGCAGCCUGUCCUAGGAAGUAAACCAGGGCCCAGGGUUGAGCGGCGGCGAAGCGCAGUGGAGGCUGGUCUGGGACAGUGUGCCAGCCUUUGAGGGCCACCCUCCCCUCGGCCUGGGCACCGGGAGUCCCAGGACUCGGUCCCCAGGGACACCACGCUUUCUUAGCGAUGUCUGCCUUGAAGGCUGCUUGCAGGAGCUGUGGGGGGUGCCCCGCUGAAGCCCCUUCCUCCAAGCUUGCCAAGCCCACAGCUCCAUCACCCAGGCCCCGCAUUCAAACUAGUAAUAAUCAAGCACAGAAAACCAUCAGAUGAGAAAAAUGAUCAUUUCUGCACACGAGCCACUUGUAGGAGCCCCAGUGACCACACAGGAGGCGUCGGUCAGCGAGUCCUCGCUCCCUCGUUACCCACGUGACAGUGUAUUUAUUCAGGGUGCUCACCGUCCAUCCAGUCCCUCGCCCGAGCCCCGCUCCUGACAGGCGCGCAGCUAUCCUGGGACAACUGGAUUGCAAACCGCUUGGUGCUUGGGGAGCCUUCCCCGGAGCUGCUGGUUCCCCUGGGGGGGUGUGAGCCCCGCCUCGAGGUGAGGGCGGGGAGCGCUGGGUCCCAGCUCCCCGCGGGGUGGGACGGGAGGGACCGGAGUGCCGCCUGGCCUCCUGGUGGAGGGCCCUUCUCUGCUCUCAGGUCUUUCUUGUACUACAACGGAGAAUGGGCCCGGGGCGGGGUCACGGCGGAGGGGUUCUGACUGGGGUAGAGGGUGGAGGUGGAUAGAACAGCAGGGGGGUCUGAGCUGUUUGGGGGUAGAAUCCCAACUCAGACUUGAGAAGGGGAGCAAGCCUGUCGGCUGGGGUCAGCGCCUUCCUGUGGAGGGCAGGCCGGGCUCCCCUGCCUCUGCCUGGGCCCCUGCAUGUCUGGCCCCCGCUCACCCACUCCCACCCCUCCCUGCCAUCUGGCCUUGCCGAAGACCCUGAGAGGCUGCAGGGCCGGCCAAGGACGCUCCCCCUCCUGUCGGGAGCACAGGCCGGGCUUCUGGCCGGGUCCCCAGUCCCCUUGUGUCCCCCCGUAUGGACACUGGCCCAGCAAUAAGAACCGUGGAGACUACUGUGAAGCAAACCAGUGCACUUACCAGGAGGCACAGACUCUUGAAGAAAAUGUAAAACGAACCUUUAAAAAAAACAAAAAUAUUCACAAAGAGAAAUAAAGUGUAAUUUUAAAGUA